CCCAAGUUCCUGAUAUCCUUGCCCCCCUUUCUACUCACUCUUGGUGACCCCACUGCCCAGUGGUCCCAGGAGAGUAGUGAGACAUGUCCCGUUUUGUGCCCAUCUGUGUUUGGAGUCUCUGCACACAAGGCCGGAAGACCUCACCAGAGGAGACUGAGCACCGCAGGCGUCAGUGUUUUUCUGACCGGAGCCCUUGUUUACCGACUGUGGAAACGGAACACGAGAAAGUCAACAUGAGUAAGGCGCAGAGCGCAGAUCCCGCCUCAUACCGCUGCUCCGCGUGCCAUGGGGACGAGGACUGGGGGCCCAACCACCCCAUCCGGGGCCGGGCCAAGUCCCGCAGCCUGUCUGCCUCGCCCGCCCUGGCGAGCACCAAAGAGUUCAGGAGGACUCGCUCUCUGCAUGGGCCAUGCCCGGUGACCACAUUUGGACCAAAGGCCUGCGUGCUGCAGAACCCCCAGACCAUCAUGCACAUCCAGGACCCUGCCAGCCAGCGGCUGACGUGGAACAAGUCCCCGAAGAGUGUUCUCGUUGUCAAGAAGAUCCGGGACGCCAGCCUACUGCAGCCCUUCAAGGAGCUGUGCGUGUACCUGAUGGAGGAGAACAACAUGAUUGUGUAUGUGGAGAAGAAAGUUCUGGAAGACCCUGCCAUAGUGAGCGAUGACAACUUCGGACCAGUCAAGAAGAAGUUCUGCACCUUCAGAGAAGAUUAUGAUGACAUUUCCAAUCAGAUCGAUUUCAUCAUAUGCCUGGGAGGGGAUGGGACCCUGCUGUACGCAUCCUCGCUGUUCCAGGGCAGCGUGCCUCCAGUCAUGGCGUUCCACCUGGGUUCCCUGGGCUUCCUGACCCCCUUCAACUUUGAGAACUUUCAGUCCCAAGUUACUCAGGUGAUACAGGGGAAUGCGGCCGUAGUUCUUCGGAGCCGGCUGAAGGUCAGGGUCGUGAAGGAACUCCGAGGGAAGAAGACAGCGGUGCCCAACGGGGUCAGUGAGAAUGGCGUGCUGCCCGCGGACCUGGACGCAGAGGUCGGGAAGCAGGUCAUGCAGUACCAGGUCCUGAACGAGGUGGUGAUUGACAGAGGCCCCUCCUCAUACCUGUCCAACGUGGAUGUCUACCUGGAUGGGCACCUCAUCACCACGGUGCAGGGUGACGGGGUGAUCGUCUCCACCCCGACGGGCAGCACAGCGUAUGCGGCCGCCGCCGGGGCCUCCAUGAUCCACCCCAACGUGCCAGCCAUCAUGAUCACACCCAUCUGCCCCCACUCGCUGUCAUUCCGGCCUAUCGUGGUCCCUGCGGGGGUCGAGCUGAAGAUCAUGCUGUCUCCAGAAGCAAGGAACACUGCAUGGGUGUCCUUCGACGGACGAAAGAGACAGGAGAUCCGCCAUGGGGACAGCAUCAGCAUCACUACCUCUUGCUACCCGCUCCCCUCCAUCUGCGUCCGAGACCCCGUGAGCGACUGGUUCGAGAGUCUGGCGCAGUGUCUCCACUGGAACGUGCGGAAGAAGCAGGCACACUUCACGGAGGAGGAGGAGGAGGAGGGGGCGGGGGAGGGGGAGGAGGAAGAAGGGGAGGGCUAGGCCUGAGCUCCUUCUGUCCACACUAGGGACCCCAGAGACCCGAAGCCGCUCCGCUGCCUCGUUCCCACUUGCCCUCUGGGAGCAGGCUGACCUGAGCACCUGCGCUGUGAGCCCCGAGCAGGCAUCAGAAGUCACAGCACUUUCUUUUGUA